CCUUGCUUCUUUUCCAGCAUCCAUCUACAAGUGUCUUGUUGUCCCUCAGACUCGACGAAGAUGGGUCGAUUUCAGCUAAAUGUCUGUUGCCUGGCCAUUCUCUGCCUUCCUCUUGCUCUCUGCGGGCCGCUAGGUGUGCAGUUUCGCAAGCACAAGGCGAUAUACCGAGAAAGCAUCCCAGGAACUACUACUGAUUCGGAUCCCGGUCAGCCGCUCUUUUUGACUCCGUACAUCGAGAAAGGAGAAAUCGACCAAGCACGUGAGUUGAGCAAGGUGCCUACCAUCCAAGGCCUGGACAGCUAUUCAGGUUUCUUCACAGUCAAUGCCAGCUCCAAUGGAAACAUGUUCUUCUGGUUCUUUCCGUCUCAGAGCGGCCAGACGAGUGCACCGCUGUUGCUAUGGCUACAGGGUGGACCGGGUGGAUCGUCUCUGUUCGGACUGUUUGUUGAGAACGGUCCGCUCUAUGUGGCUAAGAACGGCAGCGUGUUCAGAAGGGACAUUACUUGGAACAAAGAGUACCAUAUGCUGUACAUUGAUAACCCCGUUGGAACUGGUUUCAGUUUCACUAACGAGAGUGGAGGAUAUAGCGUGGACGAAACGCAAGUCGGAAUAAAUCUCUACAGCGCUCUGACACAGUUCUUCACCGUGUAUUCCGAAUACCUAGACAGCGACUUUUACGUCACUGGAGAGUCGUAUGCAGGGAAGUAUGUACCGGCCAUAGCAUACAAGAUCCACCAGGAGAACCAGGGAACACCGAAAGUGAAAAUCAACCUCAGGGGGGUUGCUAUUGGAGACGGACUGGUCGACCCUGUCAACAUGUUCAAUGGGUAUGGAGAUCUAGUGUUCCAGUUUGGAAUGGUGGACGAAAUGAAAAAGCUUACAUCGACAAUCACACGCAGAAAGGAGUUGACUUCAUGAAAAACAAAGACUUCUACGACGCCUUUCUGGUUUUUGAUGAGCUGAUGAAUGGGGAUAUUUACCCCUACCCGACCUAUUUUUACAAUGUGACCGGAGUGACGGACUACUACAACAUCCUGAGAACCAGUGAGCCGGAGGAAUACAACUACUUCGUCCCGUACAUCAACAAUAGCAGUACGCGAGCUGAUAUCCACGUCGGUAAUCUCAGCUAUGGAGCCCACGGAACCGACGUCGAGCUCCAUUUGAUAAAUG